AUGGAUCCGAAAGGUAAGAAUGAAUCAAGCCGAGAAUGUCAGAAAUAUGAGAGAGGAUUAUACAAUCUAGGCAUACUCGACGAAGCCUUUGUCAACAGUACGUCUCAGGAUUCUGCUCAAAGGGACCAAGUU